AUGGGUCGUCUUCACAGCAAGGGCAAGGGCAUUUCAGCCUCCGCCAUCCCCUACUCCCGCUCUGCUCCCUCGUGGCUCAAGACCACCCCCGAGCAGGUCGUCGACCAGAUCUGCAAGCUGGCCAAGAAGGGUGCCACUCCCUCCCAGAUCGGUGUUGUCCUGCGUGACUCCCACGGCAUCUCCCAGGUCAAGGUCGUCACUGGUAACCGAAUUCUGCGUAUCCUCAAGUCCAACGGCCUCGCCCCCGACAUUCCUGAGGACCUGUACAUGCUGAUCAAGAAGGCUGUCGCUGUCCGCAAGCACCUUGAGCGCAACCGCAAGGACAAGGACUCCAAGUUCCGCCUCAUUCUCAUCGAGUCCCGUAUCCACCGUCUGGCCCGUUACUACAAGACCGUCGGUGUCCUGCCCCCCACCUGGAAGUACGAGUCCGCUACUGCCAGCACCAUUGUCGCUUAA